AUGGCGACGCUGCAGCUGAACCACAUCGCGCGGGAGACCGGCGACGUGCGCGGCCUCGCCGCCUUCUACGAGGAGGUGCUGGGCUUCGAGCGCGUCCCGUCCCCGGCCUACUCCGGCUUCCAGGUCGCCUGGCUCCGCCUCCCGGGCUCCCCCGACGUCGCGCUCCACAUCAUCGAGCGGGACCCGGCCGUCGCCGCCGCCGCCCCGGGGGCCGCGCAGGGGGGCGCCACGCCCGCGCAGCUGCCCAGGCGGCACCACCUGGCCUUCUCCGUGGCCGACUUCGACGGGUUCCUCACCGUGCUCAGGACCCGCGGCACCGAGCUGUUCGAGAAGUCCCAGCCCGACGGCCGCACGCGCCAGGUCUUCUUCUUGGACCCCGACGGCAAUGGUCUAGAAGUCACAAGCUCGAGCCCAGGCGAUAAGUAA